AAUAAAUGAAUAAGAACAAUGCCUGGACUGACAGCAUCAGUGAUGCAGUCAACGGGGCUAGACGAAACUUGGUAAGAGCUCACGGCAGAAGCUUUGAAGAUGGAGGCCAAGCCCACGGAGUCCAUGUUACAAGCAAAGGAAAUGUCAUCUGAUAUGAUGUCUCCUGCCCAAUUUGUCAGAAGGACGCCACUAAAGUUACUACAACUACAGUGUAUCAUAAGCCAAAUACUCAUGAUGAGAAGAUCAAAGACAUUGAACGGCAAAAGGAAAUGGAGGAUUUUAAAUAUGGAGUUGCCAAAAACUGCAGAAAUAUUGAGAAAAAGGUUGACCAAGCUCUUGACAUAAACGGAGAUGAGCUCAUGCGAAUCAACAAUAGAAUCGACCUCCUUGCCAACAAGGUUGGCAAGGCUGGCCAAGGAGAUACUGAGGCCAUGAAGGACUACGUUGAAAUCAAGUUUAUGGAUGUUGAUAAACGUAAUGGCAAAGCAUUUGAUACUCUUGAGCAGCAAAAUGCUCAUCUUCAGAAGAAAAUAGAUAAUCUCCAAAAAGUUGUUGAAAAACUUCUUGAUGACAAGGGAGGAGCCAUUACCACAGAAAUAGAGGAAGAGAUCAAUAACUUGUAUACAAAGAAACGUGAGCAUGCUGCUCGGCUUGAUCAAGCAAUGGAGAGAAUCUCUGAUCUUGAAAAAGACCUUUACGAAAACCAAGAAGUUCUUGGAAGAAACCGCCUCAGCGAAAGAGAUAUUGGAUCACUUCGAGUAGAACUAAAUGGCAAGGUUGAAGACCUUAAGCUGAGACAAGACCAAGAUCUAGCCCAGUCAAACUCUAGACUUCAGAAAAGAAUGGAUGACUUACAAGGAGCUAUCGAAGGGCUUGACCAAGCGAUGGAUGAGAUUGAGCAAAGAAGGCAAAAUGGAGAAAAUAACAUUCUAAAAAAGUCUAUGCAAAUUCUGAAAGAAGGUAACCUUGAAGGCGAGCUCCUCGACAUGAGAAGAAAAAUCAAAGAUCUAGAGACAGAAGUAUUUAAGCCAAAAGAGCCAGUUGCUUUUAACAUUGAAAAAGAAGAAAUUGUUAAAGAAAUCGUCCAAGGAAUGGCCCAAUUUGAAAGAGAUAUUUCUGAUAUGAAGAAACAGCUGGAAGAGCAAGACAGAGAUAUUCAAGAUGCAGCUAAACUUUUACAUGUACUUGAUCAAGAAAAGAUUAAGGAUAAGGAACUUAUUGGAAACUUAAGAAUCCAACUUGCUGAACUGGAUAGGUCUUACGAAGCAAUGAAAAGAGAAAAGGCUCAGAUUAACCAAAAUAUUGAAGACCUCAGACUAGCUUGAGAGUCCGAAUUUAAUCAUGUAAAGAAAUCAGAAAUCACAGAUUUCAAAAAUCUAAAUAACAAAAUGAACGACUUGACUAAUCUUCAGGAUAUCGUAGAACAGCUAGCAGAUCAGGUGGAGUACAUGCAGAAAGAGAUAGAAGGGGUUCGAAAAGAGCAUAGCCAUACGCCUGUCAGGAUCAAGAACAAGGUCAACACAGGAAAUCUCACAAGCUCAAUGACUCCUUCUACAAUGCUUUUCUCCGAUUUGAAAAACAGAAAAGUUCUUGAGCCUGAAGAACUAGAAAGUAGGGCACAUGCAAGUAGAAACUUAUCUUUCGAGAACAGCAGGUUCAGAGACAGCCCAGUCACUGAGAAAGUUCGCGAAAGUUUGUUCUCAAGAUCAAGGCUCAGCAGGUAUCUUGCAGAGAAUCCGAGUCUGAAGGAUAGGGAGUAUAUCGAAAUAGAAAAUGAAAGAUUUCACAGAGAAAGAGAACUUCCUGGAAAGUUGGUCAGAAAACUUCAUACAGCAGAUGUUCCUGAAAAGAUCAGUAACGUGCGACAGAAUUCCUUCCUUCCAGAGCCAUAUAAGAUAAAUCAGGCUGAACCAGAACCUAGAAAGAAUAGGAAAUCAAGCAUUGAUCGUACUCCAAAGAGGAGAAAUGAUUCUAUUUCUUCAAAAUAUUCCUACAACCAGAAGAAGAACGUGAAAGAGCAAAAUGAGAAAUUUAAUAAAGGAGAUACAUCUGUGCUGAAGCAGCAUGCCAACAAGGGCCCCCAAGGAGGCAAGCCCGGAGAAGCUGUCUCUAGGGUCGAGAACCUGCUUGACAAGCUUCCCUCUGAGAGUUAUGAUGAUUAUGAAGAUUCUGAGUCAGAAGAUUUUCCCAAAGGAACCUUCCAAUCACAAGCUAAAUCAGCUGCUGCGAAUCAAUUCCAAAGAAUGAACCAGAAUGUUACAGGCAAGAAGUAAAAGGUUAAG